AGACUGUCUUUUAAGUUCAUGUCAUGUCGCAAGGCUGCAGCAACCACUACUGAAGGAGUUACCUCGCCUGCAAUUUACUGGUUCAUUUCUGGCAGAAGUUUCCACAAUCUUCCUGUAACAACUUUUCUCAGAGGAGUUUAUCACUUGACAAAUAUAAUUUCCUCAGAAUCCGAAGUUGAUUGGUGUGCUAGCAGUUCCUGUUUAAAACUUUGAAGCAGAGGACUUGUUUUGUGCAAUGGAAGCUGCCAGGAUUAUCUUUCUUCUCGUACUGCUUUGUUUCCUGAAGAUGACAGUCACUACUGCCAUAAAUCCCUGCUGUUAUUACCCGUGCCAGAAUAAAGGAAUAUGUGUUAAUAUCGGGAAGGAUGGGUAUGAAUGUGAUUGCACCCGCACUGGUUACUAUGGUGUCAACUGCAGUUUGCCGUAUUUUUGGUCAAGAAUUCAUAAAUUUCUGAAGCCAAGCCCGAGUUUUAUGCAUCAUCUACUGACGCACUAUCAAUGGUUUUGGAAUAUUCUGGAUGGUAUUUCGUUCAUCAGAGACUCACUAAUGCGAUAUGUCUUAACAGCACGUUCAAACUUGAUCCCUAGCCCUCCUACCUACAACUCUGACUAUGAUUACCUUUCCUGGGAGGGCUACUCCAACGUAACUUAUUUUACUCGAUUACUUCCACCUGUACCAAAGGACUGCCCAACUCCAACUGGAACUAAAGGUUACAAGGAAUUACCUGAUGUAAAAUUCUUGGCGGAGGAGUUUCUCUUGAGGAGACAGUUCAUUCCAGAUCCUCAGGGUACAAACUUGAUGUUUGCUUUCUUUGCUCAGCACUUUACUCACCAGUUCUUUCGGACGGAUUUCAAUAAAGGUCCAGGGUUUACAAAAGCCCUUGGCCAUGGGGUGGAUUUGAGUCAUAUUUAUGGAGACACGCUAGAACGUCAACACCAACUGAGGCUUUUCAAAGAUGGAAAACUCAAAUAUCAGGUAGUGAAUGGAGAGGUCUUGCCUCCAUCCAUGAAGGAUGCACCCAUCCGGAUGAAAUAUCCAGAUGUUUUACCAGUGGAGAAACGCCUUGCCAUUGGCAAUGACUUAUUUGGCUUGUUACCUGGACUGAUGAUGUAUGCCACCAUCUGGCUUCGAGAACACAACCGAGUCUGUGAUAUCCUGAAACACGAGCAUCCAACUUGGAAUGAUGAGCAGCUUUUCCAAACGACCAGGCUCAUACUCAUAGGGGAAACUAUCAAGAUAGUUAUUGAGGAUUAUGUGCAACACCUGAGUGGUUAUUACUUUAAGAUGACUUUUAACCCAGAACUUCUGUUCAGUGAGCACUUUCAAUACAGAAACCGGAUUGCAGUUGAGUUCAACCAUCUCUACCACUGGCAUCCAUUGAUGCCUGACUGCUUCAUUGUGAAAGGCCAAGAGUUUGCCUAUGACAACUUUAUUUACAAUGUGGACAUCCUGACGAAGUUUGGAGUGGAAGCUUUAGUAGAAUCAUUUGCAAAACAGAGAGCAGGACGGAUCGGUGGAGGGAAAAAUAUCAACAAAAAUAUUCUACAUGUGGCAAUCAAUCUCAUUGAAUAUGGGAGACAGUUAAGAUUUCAGCCAUUUAAUCAGUAUCGGAAGCGGUUCGGUCUGACCCCCUACAAAUCUUUCCAGGAGUUAACGGGUGAAACAGAAUUAGCGGCUAAACUGGAGAAAUUGUAUGGACACAUUGAUGCAAUGGAAUUUUAUCCUGCACUACUGCUGGAAGCACCCUAUGAAAAUGCCAUUUUUGGGCAAAGUAUGGUGGAAAUGGGUGCUCCCUUUUCCCUCAAAGGAUUGAUGGGAAACCCAAUCUGCUCUCCAGAUUAUUGGAAACCAAGCACAUUUGGAGGGAAAACAGGCUUUGAUAUAGUUAACACGGCAACACUCAAAAAGCUGGUUUGCCACAAUGUUAAAAAUUGUCCCUAUGUGGCUUUCCGUGUCCCACACAACAUAGAUGAUGAAAGUGAGAGGGGAAAGAAAGAACCCUCUACUGAGCUCUAAUCUGACAGGAUAAUAGAGGUAUUUGGCACAUAAGGGUUGUAUGGAAUUAUGCUCUGAAUAGUUUUAAACAAUUUCAGCUAGCUUUAAGGAGUACAUUGAUCAUAUGACAAUAGUUUAGUGAAUAACCAUUUUGUAUUGGAUUCUGCAAUAAGUAUUAAGAUGAUGACAGCCUUCAACAGUAGGAAGCAUAACAUGACAGUUUGAUACAAACACACCUAAAAUUUCACACAAAUCUGAAAACUUUUUCUUAUUUUCCAGACAGCUUGUUUGAAAUAGAAUUCUGUUUAAUUUUUUAAUGUAUUAAUUAGAUUAGAAAUCCAUGACAUGUCACAAUGAGCUGAUCAGUGUUAAUUCUGCACAGGUAUUGCUCACACUGCUAAAUAUAAGAGCGCAAUUCUUUUAUGUGUGCUGAUGUAACCUAAAGCAGACGUUAGGUCCCUUAAGUAUGUGAAUGAGGGACACAGCAGCUGAUAAGGAUCCCAUUGAGAAAACCAUGAGUGGGUUAGGCAUUGGGUCUGUCCUUUCUCAAAAUUCUUCAGAUAAUUUGAUAAUUUUUAAUUUUGUUCUUCUCAGAAAAUGGACAUCCUCUGUAGAGCUGGGAAGCAGCAUUAGUGCACUUCCAGUUCUGCAGGAGUCACAUCUGCCAUCCCCCCCCCCACCCCCCACCGCCCGUUCCCUCCUUCCCUAUCGAAUCAAACUGCUCUUGUUAGUGCGCCUGCCAAUGUUUUGAUUACUGAUGAUGUUUUUAAGUGUAAGAACAUACUGUUGACAAAAAAAGUGAAAAGAUAUUAUCCAAAUGUUCCUACAGUGACAAUAAAAGAAAUCUGGGACCAUAGACAAAUUGCAUUGUAUUUUCAAUUAGUUAGAUGUAUAGCUGAUGCUUUUUCUUGACCAAGUGCCCUAGGAGUUUGGAGAGGCUUUAAACCCAGUGAGCUAUUGUUUCUAUAUUUAUGGGGGUAUCGUUGUAUUUUAAAUGGUGAAAUAAAGGUGUUAUUUUUAACCUAAACACAGACCCACCUGGUUUUACUCAUAGCUGAAAGCAAUGGGUGCUCAAAUUAUGCAAAAUAUGAACAAACUGAGUUAGAUCUUAUUCACAACUAAUUCUGCUUCCUUUAGUUAAUUCCUAAUGAGAGUGGUUAUAAUGAUGUUAUUCAGGUGGACCUCAUGUAAUGAGUUCCUUGAUUAGAGUUGUUAAUCUGGUCCAAUCAUGGAACCCUGGCUGACAGAUAAGAACAGGAAUAUAAGAUAUCCUAUUCAUCUUGAGAACAGGCUCUGAGGGAGCUAGAUCAGUGUCAAACAUUCUCCAUGUAUAAAUAAAGGGUGACUUGGUGACAGGA